AUGACUGGGUAUCCGAUUGAUUGUUCCUUUCACGAUCAUACCAAAGCGCUUAUUGAAACAAGACUUGGCACACAAAUUCACGGUCAACUAGAUCCAAUCAAUCGUGAUGUAUUAUUUACUGCAGCAUUCAUUGCUCGAAACAUAGCCAGAAUUAGAGGAAUAUUCAGUGCUAUCACAAAACCUACUCAAGUCAUUCAACUUGUAGCACAGUAUGGGUUGCCAGAGAAACUAUUUUUCAAUGUUCUGCAGACGUUAGUAGAAAGUCAGCGACUUUCAGGAGCUGUUCAAGGACGUCAAGAGAAAGCUAUCUAUGUGCCUGACAUCUAUUCUGAAACACAAACCAAUUAUAUUGAUUCCUUCUUUAAACAAAAUGGAUAUAUAGAGUACCAGUCAUUAACAAAACUCGGGAUAGCUGACGGACCACAAUUUAUAAAAAAAAGAUUUGGCAGUAAAAAAGACUGCAUGUACCUUUCAACAUGUUGCAUCAGUUCAUUGAUCGUUGAUCAAGUAGAUGCGGCUAUUGAUGAAGCACUGACUAAUAACUCCUGGGUGGAUGUUAGGCCUCUGGUUCCCUCUCCGUUUACAAAUGAAGAUGUCAACCUCCUUCUGCACUAUUGCAUGAAGAGCCCAACACGUGCACUCCACAGCGUUUUCUGUCAGCGAAUUGUUGCAAGCAGCCAGUUCAUUGCAAAAUGUAAAUCUAUCUUUGACCCCCUGAUGAAGAAUAAAGCUACUAAGGAUAUAAAAAUGUCCCCAGCCUUGUUUGCUGAAUUAACAAGAAAAGAAAAAACAGAGUUAACUGAGUCUGCCACGGGUGAAGGUAAGCAAGUCAAACGCGAAGAACGUCAGAAAAAAGCCGUUGCUGGUGGAGGGCAAAAAGGGGGUGCUGGCAGGGGUGGUCGAGAGUCUGGUACCAAAAAGACCAAAAAUAAAUAUCGUGAUCGAAUGAAAGGUAAUUUGGAUGAUGAGCUAGAUGAGAAACAAGUUGUGAAGAAAUCUGGAAAGCAACAAGAGCUUAAAUUUUUAAGCGAGGAAGAGAUUCAUGAUGUUUUAAUCGAGCACAUGAAAGAUUGUGAUGACGAAGAGUUUUUGAUGGAAGUUGCUUCUGUCAUUGUAAGACCGUUGACACGAGAUUAUCAGGAAGUUGCAAAAUCUAUAUUUAUGACGUCAUCGGGGACUUCUGUUGCCUCGAAACGUAAAUCCCAUCAAGAUUAUCAAGAGAAAAUCACUGGCCUCAUGCACAAUAUUAAAUUAUUUGAGAAAGGGCUGAAUCUUUUUGAAGAUAAAACGCGUGCGUUGCUAAGUAAACAUCUUCUGAGGACUGUGGCAUCAGAUGUUGUAAAUAUCGUUUUCGAAAUGGUUGCAAAUGAGAACUUGAUGUCACUUGCAGAAAAUGAAAUGUUUACUGCUGAGACACGCUUAAAGCUGUUGAGCAAACUUCCUGAACAAUGGAAGUCAGCAUUGACCAAGUUGAACUCUUCUCUUGGAAAGGAUUGUGAAGACUUCUACACUCAAUUUGAUCGUGUCGCUGGCGCAGACUAUUGCGAUAUUUUGAUCAGGAAGAUCGACAAGAAAAAAGAACGACAACUUCUUUUCAAUCAUCGUCAAGCGUUAAUAGAGGAGUUGAAUCGAGAAACUGAACCUGCCAUGGCUCUACACUUAGCUUGCAUUAUCCUAUUUCAAUAUCAUACAAAUACUUUGCUUCACGCGCCUGGAAGAUGUGUUCCACAAAUUAUCACGUAUUUACAAAAUAACGUAUCUGUAAACGAUUUCAAGAAGUUGAGCGACUAUCAAAAUUUGGUGAUACAACAACUGUCGAAAAAACGAACUAAAUCCGAAACAGGGGAAGUGGUACCGAACGAAAAUGAAACUGAUUCAGCGGUAACAUCGACAGCAGUAUUACUAGCAGAAGGACUAGCGGGAAUAAAAUUAGUUGUAAAAAAUAUGAAAAAAUCGAAUAUGGAAGAAUAAAAAGUUAAAAUUAAA